UGCGCGGCCGUCGGGUGCUGUCGUGGCGCUCCGGGGCGCGGGAGAAGAGGCGGCCUUUGGUGCGGGGACCGUGGGCAGGAGCUGGGGCCGUUCCCGCGGCCGGAGCGCAGGGAUGAGGCGCGCUGGCCUGGGUGAAGGAGCAGCUCCUGGUAACUAUGGCUAUACCAACAGUGGAUAUAGUGUGUAUGAAGAAGAAAAUGAAAAGCUAACUGAAAGCCUGCGUACAAAAGUCACUGCCAUAAAAUCACUUUCCAUUGAAAUUGGCACAGAAGUUAAACAUCAAAAUAAAAUGUUAACAGAAAUGGAUUCUGACUUUGAUUCUACUGGUGGAUUUCUGGGUGCAACUAUGGGCAGACUGAAAAUGCUCUCCAGAGGGAGCCAGACAAAACUGUUAUGCUACAUGAUGCUCUUUUCCUUGUUUGUCUUUUUUGUAAUUUAUUGCAUUAUUAAAUGGAGGUGAUGAAAGUUAUUUCCAGUUUAAUAUGUGCCACUUCAAUAACUAUAAGAUGGUCUUAAUUCAUGAAGACAAUAAUCUUAAUUGACAUAGUCUGUUGAUUAAAUGUGACAAAAUUGUUAAUUGCAUUAGAAAUUAAUGCAUUUGUUAUGUAUAUGUUACUUUACAUCAUGCCAGAAAUUUUUCCAUCAUCCCCUAUUUUCUGGGGUUACUGUAAAUACGCACAAAGCUAAGCAUUAACAUAAGUUUCAGUAUAGUUAUUCCAGGGAAGUAUUUGUUGGGUAUACAAAGAAGUGGAUGUUUCCUUUGCUACUUGGCAAAAUUUCAGACUCCUUGAACUUUCUUGAAUAGGUUCCAGACUUCUAAAAGGAUCUUAACUUAGGGCCUGAUCCUGAGUGGAGCAUCAGGAUCAGACAGGUAGCAUUUUGCAGGUAACAAGAAAACGCUUGUGCUUUUUCUGAAUUAACUUAUGACAUUCACAAAUAUACUAUGAAGGUACAAAUAUUGCAAUGUUAGGUUGAUAGUUUUAAGCAUAUUUUAGUGGUUUAGAAUAAUUUUUUGCAGGUUUAACAAUAAAUCCUAAACUGGAAAAAAUGCUGAUUAAUCCUUCUUUGAGACCAGGUAAUACCAAAGCCCUUUAUUCUUCUAAACAAAUGCCUUUUAAUAGUGUGGAGAAAAUAAUAUGGGCAAGAUGCAAGCAUUUCCAUUACCUUUUAUAUCAAGUAUUUGAAACUCAUUGAUUCUAUUGAAUUGCUGUGGUUUUUACUCUUCAUACAUUAAUUUGUCAAUUACUAAUGACCUCCAAACCCUAGCUGAGCAUAACUUUGAAAUGUGAAGCAAGAUGACAAAAACUUUUUCAUACUGGUGUGUGUUGAUACAAGACAGCACUUGAAAUACUUUUAUGUACAUUGGCUAAGACUUAGUUUUGGUUCCUAAGCAAAACUAUCACUUUCAAAUGCAACAUGCAAAAUACAAAUUGUUUUCUAGAGACUGAAAAUUGUCUAAAAGAAAACUAUAUGCCUUGACAAACUUUUUUUCUAGAGAGUGUAAUAAGUUUGCAUUACCUGUAGUUCUAUUACAAACUUAUAAAGGAAUAAAGUAUCUGAUGUAUGUUAGCCAGUGUGGGUCUGUUACUUGGAAAUGAAACAACUUGCCAUGUGUUUAUAUAUAGAUUUCCUAGGAGACAGUAUUGGAAGACUUUUAGAAAUGCUGCAAAUAUUAAUGCUGAAUAAAUAUUUGAUUUUUUUUUUUUUAAAUCAGUAUUUAAUAAAGCAAGUACUUGCUUGGAAAACAGGUAUUAAAGAUCUGUAUGCAUCUCAGUUUACCCAUUAACUAUCCACACUAGUUUUAAUCUUCAACACAUUUGAUUUUUGUGUAUUGUCUACCAGGAAUAUGCAAAAUAAUCAAUUGAAUAAGUUAAGUAUGGUUUAUAUUUUUGAGUGAAACAUAUAAACUUUUUAAAAUGAUAAAAUAUCUUUGAAAUACUAAUGCCUGUCAUAUAUUCUCAUGUAAAGCAUUCCUGUUUAGAAAACUUUUAAGUAUGGCUGCAGGAAGCCAAAUAAACCAUUGAUUUAACAUA